GGAGAGACAGAAAGGUGGGGGCAAGGGUAUUUAGGCAACAUAUGACAGAAUUUAAGGAAACACAACACCGGAGACCAACCAACUGUAGAGACAAACCGAUCAGAGGAAACUGAAAUAACCAGCUGGGGUUUAAUAAUCUGACCGAGGAUCUCAGCAAAAGCAACAUGAUGAAGAGCUUUCUUCUGCUCAUCCUCUCAAUGAUGGCAGGCUGUGAGGACUCAUCUGAAGAGUCUGAAGUCAAGGGAUGCCCAAACGGAUGGGUUGAAUUCACCUGGAAAUAUCCAAAACCAAAUAGAAACUAUCAAAGUAUUGAUAUACAAUGUGCCAUUCGCAAAGAAACAAUCAUACAAAGUACUCAGACAGAUGUGUGGGAAAACACAGGCGGAGUUUUCCUGUACAAUGAUACAAAAAAUAAAAAUCUCAGGGUGGUCAUUAAACAACUUGAUAAACAUGGGAAGUACCGAUGUGAAUUUGUGAAAAAACAACAAUCUCGCUCAUCACAUAAAAAAGAAGUGGAAGUUGAGAAAGACGGCUGCCAGAGUCAAUUGAUUCAAACUGCGUACAAAACAGCUAAAACCACCAUCACAUGUCAUUACAAAGGAAACAAAAACAAGUCCAAGUUUUUCUGCAAAGAGAACAAUUCAACCUGUGAGGAUAUUUUAUCAACAAAAUCCUCUGUAAAGUCAAACGAGACAUUCACUCUCACAGAAACCAAACGUGGCUUCAACAUGUCCAUCAGUAAUGUGUCCUCACAGCAUGCUGGUGUCUACUGGUGUGGAGUGGAAUUAAAUAAAGGAAAUUCCCGAGCUUCACGCAAACAAAUACAACUGAGGUUAAAGGGAGAAGAUCCAUCUAUAUGUCAACCUCUAGUAAGCACCGCACAGCAAAACAAGAACACUGGGAAGUUUUCCAUGAAGGAUUACAAAGAGAAGAGCAGUAUCACCAUAACAGUGAGAGACGUAACACCAGACGACACUGGGACAUACUGGUGCGGAGCUGAAAGCACUGACAAAACACGCAGCAACCCAUUCUUCCACAGAUUUGAGAUGACUGUAAAGGAUGACUCUUCGUUAACUGUAAAAAUUGCUGCGAUCGUCAGUGUAGCGGUGCUGGUGCUGGUGCUGGUGCUUGUUUUGGUUCUCGUCUAUAAACGAUUUAAGCGUUUGAAAAACACACAAAAUGAAGAAGCACAGGACAACAAAGAGGAUUGUGCCUAUGAGGAGAUACAGGAGUGCCCCCAGAAGCCAGACUCAGGAACUGCGCUUAAAACUAUUUAUGCCACUGCCAACUUUCCCACAAACCCCUCUUCUGCCUCGCAGCAUUACUCCAACAUCAACUACCACAUCAAUAAGGACCACAGAAUUGAAUCAACACCUGAACAAUAUUUACAAUAGAGUUAAUCCAGGAAUACUGGAUUGGAUUGAUAGUAUGUAAGAAAUAGAUCGUUUUAACCAAUAAGUUGGCAUUCUUGCAAGUUUGUUAAUGAUGUUGCUGCUUUUGUUUAUUGUUGCCUUUGCUGCAUUUGUGGCAUUAUUGUAGUUUCAUCAUUAAAAGAUCUUUUUUAUAAAACAUUCCUUUUGUCACCAAGAUAGUGCAUUUGUACAUAGUGUCACUUUGAUUUUCUUUUUAAUUUAUUUCAAGAUUGUAUUUGAUUUACAAAAAAAUGUCUUUUUACCUUCAUAUCGAGUGGUAAUCUUCAUCCUAUAAUCGAUAUUAUAAAUUGUAUUUGUUUAUUUCGCAAUAGUUACAAAGGGUUUUUCAGACAGAGACAAAAGAAAGAAAAAUAAGACAAACAAGAUGGCACAAACAAAGAACACAAAAUACGUACAAACCAGAAUAUAUAACAUUAUAUCAGGAAAAUGAAAAUAAAAAGAAGUUCCUAAAAUUUGCUCUAGUUUGGCUCCUUUGAGACUAGUUCAUUUACUCAUUUACUUUGUUGACCUUUUGACCUCACGCACAUUACAUUCACAUUGUAUAUACAUCAGUAAACACAUACAUGAUAAUGUGGCUUUUGUUUGAUACAUCAUACUCACACGUUUAUUUAGUAGUACACGUUUAUUAGUUUCUAUUCGUAGCGUGCACAUUUAGUUAAUUUCUCUACAGUCAAACUCUAUUGUCAUUAGUUAAGUUUGCCUUAAGUUGUUCUAAUUUCUCAAGUUACCACUGCUGAGGGUGCUGCUGGUGCUGGAGACUGGUGUGGACAGUACUGCCACAUCAUGCGGGGAUUGGGAUUUCUAAUUUAGAGAUUUUGCUUAUUUAGAAUAUCAGAUUGUUGGUUCUUUUGCUUCUGUUAAUGGUUAAAAUAUUUAUACUGAUAGACUAAUUGCCCUGUUUUGUUUGUAGGUUAGUUGGUAGUUUUUGUGUGUUUCCCCAAUGGUUUGACCAGCCACUAUAUAUAUUUCCUUUGUGGUCAGAUUUGUCUGUUCAGUUCUAUUCAGAUUGUUAAAUUGGCAUAGCCUAACUUAUGGGCCCAGAACUUUGUUGCUUAUUUUGUAAAAUGUAUAUUUCGUUUUUGGGUAAAUAAAACCCUCUUUUUGAAAAUUCA